AUGAAAUCACUAAACAAACAUCUCCCUCACUUCACCGGCUCCUCAGAACAAAAACAGUAUCAUCAAGGACUCCGCAGCACCUUGAAUCAAGACGAGCCCAACAUGGACAAUAAGCAAAAAAAGCAAAAGCCUUUCUGGAGCAUGCACAAACAGGGACAAUCCCAGCAGACCCGCAAAACCAGCACUGGCUCCUUCUCUGAUGACGAUCUAGCUGCCCUACCGGUCGAAAAGCAGUUUGAGACUGAUUACGAUAAGACUGGUCAUUUGGUGCCAGAUACGGAACAUUUUACGAGUGAGCAGGAUAUGGUUGGGGCUAGUAAUGAGGAGUUUCAUCAUCCUACGAUGUGA